AUGGAUCGUGACCGGGAUUCCAGAGGUCGAAGAUAUGACGAUGGCGAGGUUGUCCGAUACGGUGCAGGUGAAUCUUGGAGACCAACCCCGAGAGGUGGGCCAGUAGGGGAUCGAUCUCCUCGACGACCCAGAAGUCCCAUCAGAGAUAGACCACGAAGUCCGCGCCUGAGAAGCCCUCGACCGCGAAGUCCUCGCGCCAGGAGUCCCAUGAUGUCCGGGUCCGACAGCUAUGUCCCUGGGCGGUAUCCGCCGCGGCGGCGAUCAAGAAGUGGUGAUCGAUUUCGACGCGAUCGGGAAAGUCCUCCCCGACGACGAGAACGCACGCGUUCCCCCAUGAGACGGUCUCCCCCGCCGCGGCGCAGUCCCUCUAGAAGGAAAUCGCCCAUUCGAGACAACAGAUACGAUCGUCCUAGAUCUCCACGCCGCGAUUGGGACCGAGGCAGAGAUCAAGUUCGUGACAGGGAUCGGGAUUGGGACAGAGAUCGCACGCGUGACAGGGAGCGCGAUUUUGACAGGCGUGAUGAAAGACGGUGGUCACGCUCGCCGUUCGGCCGCGAUAGGCGUGAAAGGAGCCCGACGGUGAAGAUGGCACCUUCAGGUGCUAGGUAUCGACCUAGGUCGCGUUCACAAAGCCGUGUGGGCGAGAGAUAUCAGACGUACCGACGGGCAUCGCCAAUCCGGGAAUCGGGCGUCUCAUCAGCGAUUACAUCUCAGCCUCCUUUGGAAAGGGCCUCUCCUCGCCCGGGCUCUACCAGAGCACGGUCGCCGUUACAAUCCCGUGAGCAGUCCCCUCAUCGCACCGUCGCUUCUGGCUCAGGCUCAGUCAGGGACACUCCUCGUUCGGGCCCCGGAGAACACCCAUCGGCCUCUAGGUCACCGCCGCGUGGUCCUGCUGCCUUGAGGGCACCGCCGACCGGGCCUUCCGCAAGUCGGACCUUGUCCACUUCUGUGUCGUCUCCUUUGCCCCCGAGCUCUAGGCAUCCACAAACCCCCGGGGCAGGGCCGCAUCGCACAGAUGUCCCCAGCCCGACCAAUCCCCCGUCCGGACCACGAGGAUAUGUAGCACAGCGAGGAUACCCUUCUCGUGCUGGACGAGGCGGCUGGAGUCAGACACCUUCUCGACAGAUGUCCGGCCUCUCCCCCUCACCAACCACACCAGGUGGUUCCACCAGUAUCCCUACCGGACCGCGAGGAGGGCCUUCUGCAGGCUCAUCUACACCAACUCAAGGGAGGCCAUUCAACCCCCCUACAGGGCCUGCGUCCCAACAUGGCAACGGUCCGCGGCAGACCCUUGCGCAGAGCUUACUGGCAACCAUGCCCCCGCUCAUUCCCGGCGGGAAACUUGAUCCAUCAAUGACACCACUUGCACUGGGCGUGACUCGUGAGCUCGAGCCUCACUACAGAAAGCUUCGUGAUGAGGAAGAGAAGGUGCGCGACGAACUUCGUGUCAAACAAGAACGCCUCCGAAGGUCACUUUACAUGUGGGACAGGCUAGAAAGGGAGUCUCGCGCUUGGGAGCUGCGAAGUGAUUUGAGCGAGAAGAGCAUGAAAAAUCUUGCGGGAGAAGGCAUGGGCGGUGCUGCCUUCUGA